AGUAUGAGUAUUAUAGUAAUUCCUAUGCAACACACGUAUUAAAGAUGGGAUCCAAUAAGCAAAAGGUUGUCAAAAUCUUCUUUGCUGCUUUUUUUUUUUCUUCAUUUACCCUAGUCAAAAGUCAAGUAGAAAAAUCAGUUUGUGCAGAGGCUUUGCAAAAUGGGUUCAUACUAAAAUCGUCCAGAGGAUUUUUUUACUCAUGUGACUCAGACUAUAAGCCAUUUAAUGAGAAAUGGUGGGAAGAGGUAACUUGCCUUGAUGGUCAGUGGAGUAAUGCUACACUGUGUAUACCUAAUCAUCAGUGUGGUCAAGUACCCACAGAUCAUCAAACAAAUAAUCAAACAAUAAAGGGGUAUGAGAAUGAGUCAGUGGAAGAGUUUCAAUGUGAAUCAGGACCAUGUUGUUUUAAGUGUGUAAAUGGAAAUUGGGAAAAGCGAAAUUGUGAAUUUCAGGGAUGCCCUAAUCCUCCCUAUGUUGAAAAUGCUGUUAUUACAUCUCACAGUCAGCAAACAGUGACAUAUGAGUGUCGAGACAAUUACAGCAUUAAUGGGGAGAAAACAAUAUCCUGCAUCGACUCAGAGUGGGAAAAAACGCCAACAUGUACAUUGGGUGGAAACAAUAGAUGCUCAGACCCUGAGAGAGUAAUAAAUAACGGAUUUCUGAGGAAUGCAGAUCUGAAGGAAUAUUAUGAGGAAGGCAGCCAAGCAGAAUACUGGUGUAAAGAUGGAUUUCAAUUUGAAAAUGAAUCUCAUGCCAUUUGUUCUGCAGGACAAUGGAAUUACCCACAGUGCAAACCAUUGGUCAGAAACCUUAGAUGCCAGUUCCCUGAGAGAGAAAUAAAUAACGCAAUUCUGAGAAGAGCAGUUCUGAAGGCAUAUUAUGAGAAUGGAAGCCUUGCGCAAUACAGGUGUACUGAAGGAUUUCACUUUGAAGAUAUGCCCUAUGCCGAAUGUUCUGAAGGACGAUGGAAAUACCCUCAAUGCGUUUAAUAACCUGGAACCAGAAACCAGAGGACAGAACAGCCUGAACAACUCAAUGGACAAUGGAAUCUUCAUUAAACACAAAUCUAUAUUAUGAAAAUAUCAAUCAGGAACCUCAGAAUAAAACUUUCAGUAGUGUGCCUUGUUCAAAUAUUUGACAUGUUAUUUUAGAGAAAUAAUUGCAGACCCAUAUCCAUAAAAACAACAAUUAAAGCUAGGCAGUAUAAAUUAAUUUACAUUUUCAACAAAUUGUGCAAUUAAAUGCAGAAUACUAUUGUGUAAUGUUCUUGUUCGAUCGUUUUUACAUGAAUGCGUACUGUGUCUUUUCCACUGAUGGACGAAGUACUGUACACAAAGCAUGUACUUGAGAUAAAGUAGAGAUACAGUAUGUAGAAUAUUACUCCAGUAAAAG